AGAAAACAGAGAGUCGUCGGGUCAUUUCUAAUGGGUCCAACGAGAUUAUCGUAAUUUCAUCGUAUCCAAUUAACGGGGUAGAGACCCUUUCUCGAUCGAUAUACAGGAAAACGGGUAAUAAUAGAUUUAACCCUCUCUGACGCGCAACGAUCUAACGUCCGCUAUUUGGUAUUAUUAACUCGAAAAUAGCACGGCGUCCAACGAAAGAACGAUUUAUAGAAGCGUACAAAAGUCGUCCGAUACGUCUACUUACUUUCUCCGAGCUGAUAAAACGCUUAUUAUCGGUGCUACGCGGUGUUCGCCGCUCCGAACAGUCGGUAACUUUUCAAUAAAGCACUUUGGGAUCCGUGUUCGGUUAACGUAUCUUGCUUAUAACCGUAAAAGGAACAGCCAGCAUACAUAAAACUAAUGGUAAUAAUAACGGACACAAUAGCCAAACGUUCCAGCGUUGAUUUACUUUUCACGCUUGGCUACGUGGUCGUAGAACGCCUACGACGGGUAAAGUGCUCGAGGGGGUCCUUUCUCGCGUGCGGCUUCGAUGGUGCGUGAACGAUAUCGGCCGCGACGCGUCCGGAAUCGACGAUCGAAAGAGAACUCGCCUCGCGUUUCAGCGCGCGCGCGGCAAUAUUUUUAUCGAAAAUGUGGCACGCGUGUUGGCGGGCACACGCGAUACCGAACGCGCCACAGGAUAAUUGGCAAUUUCGAUCCAUUUGUCAAAGCGAACACCCGCUUCGAACCUGCCACCGUCUUUAGCUACUUGCAAACGAGCCAACGUGUCCCAUAAAUUGCUGCGAAUUCCACCACCGCUUUCUCGCCUUCUCGCGUGUACGCGUCGAACACCGUAAAUACUCGUCAACUGUCUUCCCCGACCACGAACGAACUCAAAGUCGCGAUAAAAACAACGAGAAACGCGUUUGUUUCGUCUCCUCGAGACGGCUUUCACGCUCCACGGAUCGCCGCGCGCCGCGCGCCGCACACACCGUUGUUCCGCUUGGCCGCGAAUUACACGGCGGCAUUGAUUUUUUACGAGGAUGGGAGAAAAUCCCGGGUUAGACGUGCUAAGUAAACGCUUCGAUCGAGAUUAUACGUUUGCAUACAAUUUACAUAACCAUGGGACGAGCGUAUUUCGUCUCCUCGUCUUUUCCUCCGUUCUUUCCUAUACACAUGAUACGAUCACGAAAGCGAGAAUUGUCGAAUCGAAAGAAUUUAGGAAUCGUUGAAAAUUAACGAGUAAUUUUGCGGCGAUUUUCCGAUCGGGCUAAAUUUUUCUCUCGAUCUUCUACAAAUAUUUGCGAACGCCGUUCGCGAGAGCCCGAGAGAAAGGAAGGAAUCGCCUUGCCCCACUUACGCGAACAAGAGGUCGACGAUACGAACGUUAAUUGGUGCCGGUUUAUUUAAACGAAGCUCCGACAACGUCGACGCGCAUACUUAUUCGAAUCGAUGCGAACACCUUAUCGUCGCGAAACGCGAAUAAACAGGAAUUUUGCAUUUCACGCGGAUUCGUUUGUUUUAUCGAAAACACUGCUCGCGAGGCUACGCUCCGUUUUCGUGCGUUCAAGCGGUUCCUCGGUUCGAACGAGCCUCGACUAUUACGCGGACGAGUGGUUAAAACGUAAACGCAAAACGGUUGUCGCGUAUUACCGCGUUAAGACCCGAUAACGCAAAACUACCAUUAGCCGCUAUUGUUCUCCGUGUGCUCGUAGUUGUCGAAAGCAACGAAAGGAAUCGUGCCACGGCUUUAAAACGAUAAUUUUAUUAGACGAUAAGAUACGACAACUGGUAAGCGAUUCGUUCCUGCCUGCUUAUACUCGACCUAUUGGGGCCGUUCUUUCGAAUCGAUUCGUGGAGGUUGUAAAACGCAAUCUAUUGAUCUAUUGAACUUAGAUCGUAAACAGCUGCUACACGAAAGGAUACGAGCGUCGCGUGAAACGUUUCGAAUUCCGGAUUUUAAAAGGAAUUAACCCGUUCGAACUGACGCGAGAAACCGUACAAAGAGUAUCUGACCUCCAUUGUACACGCGGUUCGGCAAAAGAAAGGUUAGCAAAAUCUGGCUAUCCCUUCGACUCUCUGCCCCCUCGACAUUCUCUCUCGCGGAUACACCUGUUCGGAUCGGCCGGAGACUCCUUUUCUUAGAAGCCGAGUCAGCCGGAUUAACCCUUUUACCGGUCAAACACGCCACUCGGACGAAUACCUUCGAACAAACGGACACCUCUCUAUAUACACCUCCACUAACACGGACACCUCCACGAACACGAGCACUGACAAACUAAUAUACGUGAUUCUAUAAGAAAUUAAAUUGACAACCUGCUAAACUUCUCUAACGAUAACUCGUAUAAUCGAUAACUUUCAUUUGUAGUAAUUAGGAAGUUCCAGUUCCGGCUAGGAGAAAAGAGAAUAGAAGACAGAAACAGGGGAAAGGGUGAUACUCGUGUCCGGCGAAACGAGUGUUUAUUUCUCGAGAAGAUGCCGGAAGUGGAUUUUUUAGGCGCACGGUAAUACGGCAAUGGCACCAGCAUCGAGCAACUCGGAAAGGGAAAAGGAAGUAGCAGCUGUUACCGAACGCUUUGCGAAUUUCGCUGCGAGGUACAUUUAAGGCUCUCUUUUUUCUUCUGCUUCCGUCGCGACUUUCCUCCUCUAUUUCAUUUUCUUUUCGACCCGCAAAAACGGGCCACGAGCGUCACUGGCCGAGUUCUUCACACGCCUCGUUAACGAAAAACCGGUCCUUUCCCUUACAGGUAUGUGUACCUGCACCUUUCCUUAGUUUUUUAAUCUCGAUCGAAGAAACUGCUAAACUGUUCUAUCAAAAUUACAUAUCAAGAAAAGACGGAUUUCCAAGAAUCGCCGCGACUACUCUUCCACAGACGUUUGCCGGUAAGUCUGGGUCGCGUGAGCGCGAUAAAACUGCAAGAAUACGAGGACACUUUGGACGAUGGUGCUCCAAGCUGCUGGAACCAGACUUUUUUACGCGACUCGUUCUCGACGAAGAAACCUCCGGGGGUUGUUCCGCCCUCUUCUGCGUGCCUCGCCGAAAAGAAAGAGAUUCGUUCGAAGGGAUGCAACGACGCGCGAUGACGAAUAGACGGAUUUUGCUUCCUCGGCGUUUUCGAUUUCUAACGAUCGUUAGCGAACAAUAUCUACUCCGUUGCCGCGAGAACAGAUUCCCAUUCAGAGAUAAGUUGCAACAGUCUAUCCAAAUGUUUGGAAAUAAUAAAUUCUUCUCCGUGACAGGCGCAGGAACGACGAUGAACGGGGGACGCAGACUUUACGGUGUUAAAUCGUUAUUUAAAUCUCGCGUUUCCAUACAACGCCAGCUAAGAAGGGUGUUUUUCUCGUGACUUAACGGGCUGGAAAGCGAAAAAAAGACGCGAAAGUUUUGUGUAUCGCAAAAAAGUAUAGCAGCUAAUAUUUCAAUCGCGCUACAUUAAAUUCGUACGCGUUUUCUAACGCGAUGGCCGCAAGGAAAGAAUAUCCGCCACUCUUUCUCGCGUUAUUUUUCUUCGUCUUUUGAAAUUCAGCCCAAGGCGACGCGCGAUCGAUUUGUUUUUCGUUGGAGCAACGCGUGUAAAACCGGGAAACGUGGCCCGUGAAAAUAGAAAUGAAAUUGCUCGACGAAACGAAAGAGAAUGUUUUUUUCUCGUUCUCUCUCUCGUCCUCGAUCCCACAGCAUAUCGGUAUACACGGUAAACGUUGUAAAUACCGAGUAAACGAAAUAACGUAGAAUCGAGAUCGUGCUGGCAAAUUUCUUACGACUCACUCUACCUCUUCGCUGAUUUGCUGCACGUAUACGGCGGCCACGAACUACGUUAACGCGACUCGUCGAUGGCACUCCAACACGAUCGUCGGUGCUUUCCCAAUUUUUCAUGUCUCAGCGGAAAAGUUCUAUUCGCGUUACUUCGGGACGGGGUUCGACAGCAAAAAAAAAGUAGAUACCUUUUCGAACGGGAAAUGCCUGUGCAAGAGGCUUUCAGGAGAGUGCAAAUCCGUGGAGUAUUUUUGAAGGAAGAUCGACGCCUGCAGCGGUCGUCGAGAGUAUCGCGAGAGGACGAGCUACGAACGGUGCUUCUCGAUUUUUCCCGUUACCCGGUCGUGUUCGUUGAAAACGCGACAAAAGGAAAGGGGAGGGCGCGUCAAAGGAAGCAAAAGGACAAUACUUGGCAGGGCGUUAAUAAGCGUGCGGCUAUACCGACGACAUCGUCGGGACGCUUUGUUCGCGCAGCUAUUAUUCCCCAUCUCGGAAUAAUCAGUCGCGUUUUGCCGAAAAACAGCUACACACGCGUAAGUAAUCCCUCGGGAUGUCGAGACAUUUGGAGAACAAAGGCCGUUCGCGCCACGGAUAAAGCGACUUAACUCGCGUGCGACACUGUCUGCUCGCGUAAUUUGCCUCUAGGAUGGUCGUACCGACGUUUCUCGAUAUGCGUAGCGAAACGCAGGAAAUACAUAUAUAUUCGUACGUUCAACGAUUGUAGGAACAUUUCAGGAAGGAGAAAAUAGAAACGCGCCCGCGAAGAACGACGAUAUCGUCGCGUGUUACUACGAACAAGAGAAAAAGAUGGGACCUGGUGAAAAGGGCGCAUUAUGACCGAUAAAAUACCGUAUUAAGUUUCCCUGCCAGCAAGCUCCAUCCUAGAAACAGACGCACCUGCCACUCGUUCGUCCUCGACCCCGGACCUCUUUCUGCCCCCCCGAGCAUCAGGGAUAGUAGAAUGGGAUUGUUUCUCCCCGUAACUACUAUCUCGUAUUUUCUACUUCGUUCUCGUUCCUUCUCUUCGCGUUGGUCACGAAUUUCAUCUCUCCGGAGAAUAGACAAGCGUAUCCGAUAGCCGCUUAUUGGAACCACCGAAGAGGUAUUUCCCUCUUUCGCCGUCCGAACGAACGAUUCUUCGUUAAGAAGAUUACCCAUCGACCCCAACAACCCGACCUCGAUAUCGUCGCGAAGAGGACGCGCGGUCACUAACCACUAAUAUUUCGAUCUACGAACAACGCGAUGCAACUUUGUAACUUCUUUUCCGUUGAUCGAUCGUGCCACUGGAAUCAACGUUUUUCUCCAACGAUACAAAAGAAAACUGAAGAGCGUAAAAGAAAUUGCUCUGAACGAUUCCAACAGCUUUUAUUCGUCGUCGAUCGUAUACGCAUAAAAUUAUCCCCUCCGACUGGCAAUUAUUCGAAGAAGAAAAGUCGAACGGUAAACGAAUGAAUUUACACAAGGUAAUUACUCGUUAUCUGCGACCUUAAAACGUAUCAAGCGCCACGAGUAGCGCGCCCAAAGAAUAGCUACAAUGUCGGUUAGCGAUCAAAAUAAAAGCGUAUUCUACACACCGACAAUACGUUUCGACAAUGCAAGUUAAUUAGGCGUGUCACAUUCUCCGAGUAUUUGCAUAAAUUAUUAUCUUUCCUUUGUGACUUCUCUUGUUAUCGGUAGACGUUAUCUUUCGAGAAAUAACAAAAGUUUUCAAAGUUACGUAAAACCGUGUGGUAUAAAAACCGAUGACAUCGAGAGGUUCGGUACCAUACGAUCACGAAACUUCGAAAGGAAGAAGAAAGUAUCGAAAUAAAAUUGAUCAUGUCUCGAUACGUCGUAUUGUUGGUGCUCCUUGCCGUUGCAUACGCUGCUGCACAGAACUCAACCGAGUGCGCUGUGAACCAGGUGUGGAACAUUUGCGGAAGUCUUUGCGAACCAACUUGCGAUAACCCACAUCCUAUCCGCUUCUUGUGCCCAGCUAUUCAAUGUACUCCUAGCUUCACGGGUGGAUGCAGGUGCCAAAAAGGUUACGUACGAAACAGCGCCAAAGCCUGCGUCGCGCUCGAAGAUUGUUAACUCUAAAAGACGCGUCUGUAAUUGUAACUUGAGAAUUUUUCGGGUGACGCGCACACUUCCAGCCCUCUUAGAUGUAGACGAUGUACCGAUUACAAAAGAAAUAAAUAAAUUGUUUGCAAAGUAAA